ACAAGGUUUCUCUCUACUGCUCACUGAUCACUCAGCUUUUAACAGACACGGAUUUGCAAUUUUCCAUCACCUUUUAGACUUUGAGACUGGAGCGAUUAUGUGGUGAGGGACAGAGCGUGAGAGAGGAAGAUAUAGAGUGACAGAUGGUAUCUGUGGAGAUCUGUUGAUGCUGUGCUGCUGGUCUGCAGUGCUGGUGUGGUUGGUUGGCCAGGAGAUGCGUGAAGGUUAUUUGGUAUGUUCCUGUACUCAGCCCUUGAACACCACCGCGAUGAAGAAGAGGACAACUUCCAGUCCCAGAAAUCCUGGAUAGAAAGCACUUUCACCAAGAGGGAAUGUGUCCACAUACUUCCAGUGUCGAAAGACCCCCACAGAUGCCUUCCAGGAUGUCAGAUCUGCCAGCAGUUGGUGAGAUGCUGCUGUGGUCGGCUGGUACGGCAGCAUGCUGGGUUUACAGCCAGCCUGGCCAUGAAGUACUCAGACGUGAACUUGGGUGGGGGGGCAGAGGGUGGGGUGCAGCCGGAGUUGGAGGAGUGGGCUGUGGACAAACACACACAGGAGAGCCCUACAGACGCUUACGGCAUCGUUAACUUCCAGGGAGGGUCGCACUCUUACAGAGCCAAGUAUGUGCGUCUGUCCCAUGACAGCAGGCCAGAGAGCAUCCUGAGGCUGAUGCUGAAUGAGUGGCAGAUGGAGCUUCCUAAGAUCCUCAUCUCUGUCCACGGAGGCAUCCAGAACUUUGACCUGCACCCCCGAAUCAAACAGGUGGUGGGGAAGGGCCUGAUCAAAGCUGCUGUCACCACCGGGGCAUGGAUCCUGACAGGAGGGGUUAACACAGGUGUUGCCAAACAUGUGGGUGAUGCGUUGAAGGAACACUGUUCUAGAUCGUCAAGGAAGAUCUGUACAAUUGGAGUCGCUCCCUGGGGCGUCAUUGAGAACCGCAAUGACCUCAUCGGGAGAGACGUUGUAGCCCCCUACCAGACGUUGCUGAACCCCCUGUCCAAGCUCAACGUGUUGAACAACCUCCACUCCCACUUCCUGCUGGUGGAUGAUGGGACGGUGGGGAAGUACGGAGCUGAGGUCCAACUACGCCGCGAGCUGGAAAAACACAUCAAACUGCAGAGGAUACACGCACGAAUUGGUCAGGGUGUUCCUGUGGUAGCGUUGAUAUUUGAGGGGGGUCCCAACGUAAUUCUGACAGUGUUGGAGUACCUUCAGGAGACUCCACCUGUUCCUGUGGUGGUCUGUGAGGGGACUGGGCGUGCUGCUGACAUGCUGGCCUAUGUCCACAAACAGACUGAGGAGGGGGGGGGUCUACCUGACGGUGUGGAGAUAGAAAUCAUCGCUACGAUCAAAAAGACGUUCAACUUCAGCCACAGCGAUGCUAUACACCUCUUCCAGACCCUUAUGGAAUGUAUGAAGAGCAAAGAACUGAUCACUGUGUUUCAUAUCGGCUCUGAGGACCACCAGGAUAUCGAUGUGGCCAUACUGAGGGCAUUACUGAAAGGCACCAAUGAGUCUGCAUUUGACCAGCUGGUUCUGACUCUGGCCUGGGACCGGGUGGACAUCGCCAAGAACCAUGUGUUUGUCUAUGGACAGCAGCUACUGGUGGGUUCGUUGGAGCAGGCCAUGCUGGAUGCCUUAGUGAUGGACCGUGUGGAGUUUGUGAAGCUCCUGAUUGAGAAUGGAGUUAGCAUGCACAGGUUCCUUACCAUCACACGGCUGGAGGAGCUAUACAACACGAAACAGUCCCCUACCAAUCCCACGCUCUUCAACCUCGUAAGGGAUGUCAAACAGGGUAAUCUCCCCCCUAACUACAAGAUGACCUUAAUUGACAUUGGCCUGGUGAUAGAGUACCUGAUGGGCGGGACUUACAGGUGCAACUACACCAGGAAACGCUUCAGGAUCAUCUACAACAAUCUCCAUGGCAACAGCAGGAGGUCAGGUCGCCACUCUGCAGGGCCUGGGUCCCACCUGAGGAAGAGCCAAGAGUCGUUCAGUAUCCAGGCCGACAAGAAGGAGAAGACCAGGCACAACCACUUCAUCAAGACUGCACAGCCAUACAAACCCAAGUUGGAGUCGGCGACAGACCAGUCCAAGAAAAAAGCCAAGGAGGAGAUUGUUGACAUCGAUGACCCAGAGACACGCAGGUUCCCGUACCCGUUCAAUGAGCUGCUGAUGUGGGCCGUCCUGAUGAAUAGGCAGAAGAUGUCUCUGUUCUUCUGGCAGCAUGGGGAGGAAAGCAUGGCCAAGGCCCUGGUGGCCUGUAAACUCUGUCGCUCCAUGGGCUAUGAGGCCAAGAAGAGUGACGUGGUCGACGACACCUCCCAGGAACUCAAGGACUACUCCAAUGAAUUUGGCACCCUAGCAGUGGACCUCCUGGAGCAGUCAUUCAGACAGGAUGAAACCAUGGCGAUGAAACUGCUGACCUACGAACUGAAGAACUGGAGUAACAGCACCUGUCUGAAGCUGGCCGUGUCGUCGCGGUUACGACCCUUUGUGGCUCACACCUGUACCCAACUGCUGCUGUCAGACAUGUGGAUGGGACGACUCAACAUGAGGAAGAACUCCUGGUACAAGGUGAUCCUCAGUAUCCUGGUGCCUCCUGCAAUCCUCCUGUUGGAGUACAAGACAAAGGCAGAGAUGUCCCACAUCCCUCAGAGUCAGGACGCCCAUCAGAUGACCAUGGAGGACAGCGAACACAACUUCCAUAACACCACCGACAACAUACAGAUGGAUGUGUUCCAGGAGGCGAAGGCGGAUGACAACGUGGAGGUGAAGGAUGAGGCGGAGACACAGGUCCGCUCCCGAAGACUUCCUCUAACCAGGAAGUUCUACGCCUUCUACCACGCCCCCAUCGUCAAAUUCUGGUUCAACACGCUGGCGUACCUGGGUUUUCUGAUGCUUUACUCGUUUGUCGUUCUGGUCCGGAUGCCCGAGUUUCCGUCUCCUCAAGAGUGGGUGGUCAUCCUCUACAUAUUUACCUCCGCCAUUGAGAAGAUACGAGAGAUGUUUAUGUCUGAAGCUGGGAAGAUUAGCCAGAAGGUUAAAGUCUGGUUCAGUGACUAUUUUAACCUCUCAGACUUCCUGGCUAUUGUCACCUUCUUUGUGGGCUUUGGAUUGAGGAUCGGAGGAGAGGAUGUGCUUGUCCCAGGCCGGACUGUGUAUUGCUUGAAUAUCAUCUUCUGGUACGUGAGACUCCUAGAUAUUCUGGCAGUCAACCAGCAAGCAGGACCGUAUGUGAUGAUGAUCGGUAAAAUGGUGGCCAAUAUGUUUUAUAUUGUGGUGAUCAUGGCGGUGGUGUUGUUGAGUUAUGGCGUGCCGCGGAAAGCCAUCCUGUACCCAAAUGAGGAGCCCAGUUGGACGCUGCUCAAAGAUGUGGUCUUCCAGCCGUACUGGAUGAUGUACGGGGAAGUGUAUGCGUAUGAAAUUGACGUGUGUGCCAAUAAUACUGAUACGAAUGUGAAAUCCCUGUGCUCCACUUCAGUGUGGAUCACUCCUUUCCUACAAGCAGUCUACCUCUUUGUCCAAUACAUAUUGAUAGUUAACCUUCUCAUCGCCUUCUUCAAUAAUGUGUACCUCCAAGUGAUGUCAAUCAGUAAUCUGGUAUGGAAGUACCAGAGGUAUCAUUUCGUCAUGGCCUACCAUGAGAAGCCAGUCCUCCCUCCUCCCCUCAUCCUCCUCUCCCACCUAGUCUCUUUCUUCUCCUGCAUCUGUCACAAGAGGAAGAAGGACAGUCACUCUUACGGACCAAAGUUGUUUCUAACGGAGGAGGAUCAGAAGAAGCUCCAUGACUUUGAGGAGCAGUGUGUGGAGACGUACUUCCAUGAGAAAAACGACCAGUUCCACUCAGGGAGCGAUGAGCGCAUCCGCCUCACAUCAGACAGGGUUGAGACCAUGUGUAUCCAGCUGAAGGAGGUCGGUAAUAGAGUGAACUUCAUCAAGCGUUCCCUCCACACGCUGGACUCUCAGAUCGGCCACCUUCAGGACCUGUCAGCUCUGACCGUGGACACCCUGAAGACCCUGACCGCCCAGAGGGCCUCUGAAGCCAGCAAGGUCCACAACCAGAUCACCAGGGAGCUCAGUCUGUCCAAAAACUUUGCCCCCAGUCUGGCCCCCACCCCCCAGGACCCUACCCCCCAAUCCAAGGGGGUAAAACGCAGCGUGGGCGCCUACUUCGGUUCCUCCUUCCCCCAGGUGUCCGGGGUGGUGGUGGGGGGCAACAUGGCUGAUUCUCUGUUUGGGAGUGGGGUGGACCCAAACCCGCCACUGACGCUCAGUCCCCCAGAGCGGAGAGGAGACUGGGCUGGGCUGGGGCACCAAGCUACUGCUGCUAUAGAGGCUGGAUCCUCCACGGGUGGCAGUGCUAGUCACAGUGCCUUCUCCCUCUGCCCAGCUCCGGCGCCCCCUACUGUCAGUCCUCCAGAGCUGCGGCUACGCGGCCACUCCUUCACCCAGUGGCAGCUGACCCGUCCAGUGCAGGUGGGCAUCUCCGACUGCCCCUCCAGCCUGCCCAGCGUGCCCUCUGCUAGGGCUGCUUUCUACGUCAGCUCUACCCCCUCCCAGCCCUCGGUCUCCAGCCACCCAGAACUCAGCCUGGCUGGGCCAGACAAAGACAGAACCUCUGCUUCCACCUCUGCCUUUGCUGUAGAAUUUGGUGCGUUUGUUGGUCAUAAAGACAACCUUCACCUGGACCUGCAGCGCUCCUUCCCCAGAGACAUCUCCUCCAGACAGCUCAGCCCAGCCACGCAGCCCAGGGAACAGGGUCAUCCUGAAGGCCAAGGUAAUAUGAGGACGGUCAACUCAUAUGCUGGCUUCACUGAGUUUGACCGGAGUCCCUCCUUCCUCCAUCCAGACUCCUCUCUCAGUAAGCGAGAGAGGAGCGGCGUGUCAGCGGAAGACAUCCUCAUCCACGAAGACCCCAGAGCUGCACUACUACUGGAGAGGGCUCAGGUCAAGACAGCUCAGGCCAGUAGUCUCAGGGCACCAGGGGAGGACUCAGGUAUAAAUGCUGCAUCAUGUCUCUACAGACACGCCCAUCUGGGGAGCAGGAAGGAUUCAAUUGGUUCCCCUUUCAAGCCAAUGGAAAGCUACCAAUACUCGGCUGUGGAGCGUAACAACCUGAUGAGGCUGUCUCAGAGCAUCCCCUUCACCCCAGUGCCCCCUAGAGGUGAGCCAGUAACAGUGUAUCGUCUGGAGGAGAGUUCUCCCAACACCAUCAACAACAGCAUGUCCUCCUGGGCUCACAAAGGUCUCUGUGCCAAGAUAGAGUUCCUCAGUAAGGAGGAGAUGGGAGGGGGGCUGCGACGUGCACUCAAGGUGCUGUGUACGUGGUCGGAGUAUGACAUUCUGAAGCCAGGUCACCUGUAUAUCGUUAAGUCCUUCCUACCAGAGGUGGUCCAGACCUGGCAGAGCAUCUACAAGGAGGACACUGUACUGCUGCUCUGUCUCAGGGAAAUUCAACAGCAGAGAGCUGCUCAGAAACUGACAUUUGCCUUCAACCAAAUGAGGCCCAAGACAAUCCCUUACUCUCCCAGGUUUCUGGAGGUGUUUCUGUUGUACUGUCACUCAGCAGGCCAAUGGUUCGCUAUAGAGGAGUGUAUUACUGGAGAGUUCAGGAAGUUUAACAAUAACAACGGGGACGAGAUUGUCCCAACCAACCUUCUGGAGGAGACCAUGCUGGCCUUCAGCCACUGGACAUAUGAGUACACCCGGGGAGAGCUGUUAGUGCUGGACCUACAAGGAGUGGGGGAGAUUCUGACUGAUCCGUCUGUCAUAAAGAGUGGAGAGAAGGGGUCAUAUGACAUGAUAUUUGGUCCUGCCAACCUGGGAGACGACGCCAUCAGAAACUUCCGGGCCAAACACCACUGCAACUCUUGCUGCAGGAAACUCAAACUUCCCGAUCUGAAGCGGAACGAGUACACGCCGGACAAACUGAUGCUGCCUCAGGACGAAUCACACGACCCCGGAAGCGGGACCCGCCAUUCAAUGAGGCUCAUGCUCUGAUCCUAUAGGACACAGCCAGAGAGAAGAGGCCGGUGCUGUUAUUCUAUUGGCCAAUGCCAGAGAGGACAAAGGAAAAACUAGUGUGCACACCUCAUGGCUAGAAGGGAUCCAGCUUUUGUCAAAUUAGCAUCAGAUUUGACCUUUGGUAGCAGGUUGGGAGGACUUAAUGCAGCAGGUUAGGAGAAUGAUGUUAAUGUUAGGAAAAGAUUUAGGAUUAGCGACAAAAAAAAUAUAUACUUUUUACAUUAAUUUGACAAAAGCUGGAUAAGGUGGGUCUAGCCAUGACCCAUCUCAUCCAAUCAACUGGAAGAGCCACGCCUGUGUUUCCAUGGAGACCCAUGUAUGCAUGCAGAACUGUGUUACUUUUGUAUCUGUCCAACCAAUGCCAAUCAGCAACCAACAUGAUUAUUCAAAAAAUGUGUAAAUGGGGAACAAAACUUUUUAAAUGUUUUUUUACUACAAGUUUAUAUGGUGUGUGUGUGUGUGUGUGUGUGUGUGUGUGUGUGUGUGUGUGUGUGUAUAUAUAUAUCUAUAUAAAUAUAAAUGGCUAUCAACAGGUACAAUAUCAUUGCAUAAAGAGACCAGUACUUAUUCUGAACUAUGAAAAGUUGCCUUGUAUAAACUAAAGUGCAUUGUCUGUCUGUAGUGCAGGACUGUAAGGGUCAACCUGCUGAGAUACAAUUUGCAACACUUUAUACAGAAUGUCACCAGAUACUUUUUUUAUAAAUGUAAAAUACAUGUAUUAUUAUGGAAUUAGUGGUUCAUAUUUAAUGAGAAGACACAUGAAUUUGAAAAUCUUGUAAAAUAUGGGCAGAUUGCAAUGCAACUUUUACAGUACAUAUAUGUACUAAUUGUGUUGAACUCUUCUGAAAUGUGUCCACUGAUUAUUUCUGAUAGUUUUUAAAUGUUACAAUGCUGGUACUAUUAUUGUUAUUUCUUUGUCAUCACGCAAAUACCAAUCUAGUGUAUCUUAUAGAUACUUAUAUCUGCUACUGAGCAGAAGCAGAUGCUGUUUUAUUCAGGGGCGUGUAAGGGUCUAUAACUCUAUACAUGUUCUACUGUAUAACAUUUUAAACUAAUAAAAUGACAGUUAUGUCCCAUUCCUUGUACAGUAUGAUGCUGAUACUGUCUGGUGGGGAUGAGGUCCCCACAUUCUUCAGUAAGACUGCAGCUGCUGGCAGACAGGCCCACAGAGAGAAACACUCUCACACACACCUGUUGAUGAGCCAGCUGAUAAAGAACCCAGUAGCCAACAGUUAUUCAUCAGUUACUCGUCUGUAACCCGACACCUUUACCCUACAGUUAGGUCUGGAUGGGAACUCCACCUACAUCUUUAGCAGUUUGGGAACAUCGAUCAACAGUGGUGAAACUCUUCUUGGUGUUGUCACAUACAAAGUCCAGUGGAAAGCAACAUUGUGUAAAAUAAGAGUAUUGUAAUGAAACCGCAGGGAGCAGGCCUUGAACCCUCGACCUUCUAGCCCGAGGUCUGGCGCGCUAUCGACUGCCGCAAAAGCAUGCUCUGUUUUUAUGUCUUAUGAAUUUGUAGUUCGCAAAUUUCUGUGAAAAUAGACAAAAUGCUUUUUGAUCUUCGGCCAAUAGAGAGAGCAGAGUACAGUAUAUUGAAAGUCUGUUGGUCGAAUAGCAGAUUAUUUUAACCACUUCCUGUCUAGGCUUGAUAAACCAGUCUACUUGUUACCUGAAGGGCGUGGUUAUAUGGGCGCCAGUGAAUCUGCCGUUUACUCACAUUGUUCGUAACAGUGCUCACCUGCUCUCACUUUGUCUCUUUCCCAUUGCUCUCACACACAAAAACACGUCCCAGAGAGGAGAAACUACCAAGAGAGAAGAAUCAUGUCUGUGGAAGUCCACAUAGAAUAUUGUAGUGGAUGAGGGUACGAGUCUCGCUAUCAGGACCUAGCAUCUGCCAUCAAGCGGAACGUUCCUGAUGUGAUGGUGACGGGAACCACAGGGCGGCGCUCCAGUUUCGAGGUAACAGUGAAUGGUAAACUGGCCUACUCUAAACUGGAGGCAGGAGGAUUCCCAGACACCAAGGAGGUGGGUGUUACUCCUGUUCUGAACACCAGAUGGUGGCGAUGGUGAAGGAGGUGAGCCGUGGAGGAAAGGUCGAGAAAGUGAAGAAGAAGAAGAAUAAUAAGUGUUUUCUCCAAUAGAUGAGUGGUUAUUGAGAGAAGGAGAGUGUUUUUUUAAGAUCCUGGGUCCUGAUCUGAUUCUAUUAAUGAUUGUUCACAAUGAAACUAGGGAUGUGAACAUGAAGUCUACAGUCAUUUCAACUCUGUGAUCUGAGGGAAAUACUCUCAUCCUGUGUCUCCGUGUUAUACUGUCAUGUCUUAUGUUAUUCCUUGCCUGUUUUUCUUUCCUUAUACAGACCAAGAUAUUAUAGACUGACUGGCAUUUAGUUUUACAUUCUAAAAAUAUUGUACUCAAUGUAGACUAGACCUCUGCAGUUGAAUAGGCUGUACGUGUAUUUUUAAAUGAUCAAAUCAAUUCUAGGAAUCAAUUAGUAUUGAGUUUGUGUGUUGGGAGGGUGCUGUUGGACAUUUACAAUAAUGCUGUUGGACAUUUACAAUAAUGCUGUUGGACAUUUACAAUAAUGCUGUUGGACAUUUACAAUAAUGCUGUUGGACAUUUCCUGGUGUUGUUGGACAUUUCCUGGUGUUGUUGUGUUAUUAUUGGAUGUUGUGCCAGGCAAUCUUUCCUAUCUUCACUUUGCCUCUUUCACUUUCUUUCUUAGCGGGUGUGAUGAUGCAAUAGAUAUACUGCCACGGCCUUUAUAGCGGUCAAGGGAUUUUAUUUGAUCUUAUCUGAUUUUGUGUGUAGGCCGAGACUGGAUUCUAUCCCCAAAAAUGUUAUUCCUCUGUGUGUUAUAUAAUUGUAGAGGUACAAAGUCUUUAGUAUUAGUUUUUAUAUGGCUGUAUAAAGAUGACAGUUUAUUAUCAAACUUGUGAUAGAGAUCACACUUCAGCCAAGAGGGGAAUUUAAUGCAGUUGAGAUGUGGGAAAGGGAAUUACCACUCUGCCAUCUGGAGUUUUACUACAUUUUUACCAAAACUGGAUUCCAUGUAACUUAGAGGUGAUUGAUUAUUCAUUAUAUCCACUCUAUUAGCCUCUGUCAAAUGCAUUUUAAACUGUAAUACAUCUGUUCUGUGAUGUCCUCCAGCAUAUUGGAGAAUAUUCUAGAAUCUGACCCUUUCUACCCCUCUCUCUCUCUCUGGCCCCCAUCUAACCAUGUCCUUCAGGUAACAGGUGGAUAGAGGGAGAGUCACGCAGCUUAUCUGUGACAGUGCCCACCUGCUCUCACAUCUCUUUCGCAUUGUUCUCUCUCUCUCUCUCACACUCACUCACACACACACACACACACACACACACACACACACACACACACACACACACACACACACACACACACACACACAAAGAGAAGAAUCAUGUCUGUGGAAGUCCACAUAGAAUGUUGGGUGGUUAUUGUUUAACGUUGUACUACAUCUGUUAAUGUCUACUCUACAAUGUUAGGGGAUCUGUUAAUGUCUACUCUACAAUGUUAGGAGAUCUGUUAAUGUCUACUCUACAAUGUUAGGAGAUCUGUUAAUGUCUACUCUAGAAUGUUAGGAGAUCUGUUAAUGUCUACUCUACAAUGUUAGGAGAUCUGUUAAUGUCUACUCUACAAUGUUAGGAGAUCUGUUAAUGUCUACUCUACAAUGUUAGGAGAUCUGUUAAUGUCUACUCUACAAUGUUAGGAGAUCUGUUAAUGUCUACUCUACAAUGUUAGGAGAUCUGUUAAUGUCUACUCUACAAUGUUAGGAGAUCUGUUAAUGUCUACUCUACAAUGUUAGGAGAUCUGUUAAUGUCUACUCUACAAUGUUAGGAGAUCUGUUAAUGUCUACUCUAUAAUGUUAGGAGAUCUGUUAAUGUCUACUCUACAAUGUUAGGAGAUCUGUUAAUGUCUACUCUACAAUGUUAGGAGAUCUGUUAAUGUCUACUCUACAAUGUUAGGAGAUCUGUUAAUGUCUACUCUACAAUGUUAGGAGAUCUGUUAAUGUCUACUCUACAAUGUUAGGAGAUCUGUUAAUGUCUACUCUACAAUGUUAGGAGAUCUGUUAAUGUCUACUCUACAAUGUUAGGAGAUCUGUUAAUGUCUACUCUACAAUGUUAGGAGAUCUGUUGUUAUACUAAAGAAAACAGUGAGACAGUGAACAAACUGUCUGAAUGUGUUGGUGUGGAACCAAUAGACUUCCUAUUGGCUCAGGUUAUUGAUUUAAAGAGAGAGUUUGCAGACAAAAGCAAAACAUUGACAUGAUUUUCCAGUUAGAGAAACUCAUUAUUUACAUCAUCAGUCUAACAUUUACCAACAUUAACUACCCUCUCCAUUUCUAUUGUCCAGUGUAAAGUUAUAGAUUUGACAUGCCAUGUGCAGCCUGUGUGUGUGUUUACGGUGUGUUAUGCUAAUGCAAACAUCAAAACGAGCUCCCAGGGGGGGCCUAGGACCGAGUUCGGGAAACCCUGCUCCAGUAGAUGAGUGGAGAGCAAGAGGUGGAAAGGAGAGAGGGGGAGGACAGUGUUUUAUAAGAUCCUGAGUACUGACCUGAUUCUAUUAAUGAUUGUUCACAUUGAAACUAGGGAUGUGAACAUGGAGACUAGUUAGUUAAAUAAAGCAAGGCACGUCAGUUAAGAACCAAUUCUUAUUGACAAUGACGGCUAAACCUGGACGAUGCUGGACCAAUUGUGCGCCGCCCUAUGGGACUCCCAAUCACGGCCGGCUGUGAUACAGCCUGGAAUCUUCCAGGGUCUGUAGUGACGCCUCUUGCACUGAGAUGCGGUGUCUUAGACCGCUGCGACACCAGGGAGCCCCUAGAGUAAUUUCAACGGUCUGUGAUUUAAGGAAAAUACUCUCAUCCUGUCUGGUUUAUACUGUUAUGUUGUUAUUCCUAUGUUUUUAUUUCAUGAUACAGACAGGGAUAUUAUUUAGACUAGCAUUUAGAUUUAUAUUCUAGAAGUUAUAUUCUACUCAAUAUAGAUCUCUGCAGUUGUACUUGUAUUUUUAAAUGAUCAAAUAAAUGAAAUCAAUCCGU